CCAAAACUUUUGUGGAGCAGACCUAAUUUUUUUUUCACCCAAGCGAUGCCCCGAACAAGAAGCAGAAGUCUAACCACCUACACUACCACAACUAAACACAAGCACGAUUAAGCAUACAUUAUGGCAUUGUUUCAAGUAGAAGGAUGGACACUUAAGGAGGAUAAAGUGGCUUUAGGAGGAGUUAGUGAUAAAAAGAAGAAAGCCAAGAAGGACAAGAGGAAGGAAAAGAGAGAGAUUCAGACCGAUGAGCAGGUGAAGGAAAUCAGCGAAUCGAAGCCUACGAGUAAGAAAAGAAAACACACAGAAUCAGAAUCAGAAUCACAGCCAUAUUCCAAAACAAAAACUGAGAAAGUUUCAGAUAAUGUAGUGGAACCAGUAACCAAACAGGUAGUUCCAUCUCCAUUACCAAUAUCUACCCCAGUACAAAAGCUUAGUCCCUUACAACAGAAGAUGAUGGCCAAACUUUCUGGAUCACGAUUCAGGUGGAUCAAUGAACAAUUAUAUACUAUUACAUCUGAUGCUGCUCUUGAUUUAAUUAAAAACCAGCCGGUAUUAUUCGAUGAAUACCAUCAGGGAUUUAGAUCUCAAGUAGAAUCAUGGCCAGAAAAUCCUGUGGAUGUGUUUGUAAAUCAAAUUAAGACAAGAGGAUCUUCCAAACAGAUUAAUGCUCCAGGUGGUUUACCUGGAUUAAGUAAUAAGAAAGUAGUCAUAGCAGAUAUGGGUUGUGGAGAAGCACAAUUGUCAUUAGAUGUAUCUAAUUUUGUUAAACAAUAUAAUACUAAUGCUAGUAGGGGACCCAAGAAAUUCCAAAAGGGACAUAAUAAGAGAUUUCUUACUGGAGGUCCAAGACUGUUGGAUAUCGAAGUUCACAGUUUUGAUCUUAAAAAGCAUAAUGAUAGAAUAACAGUAGCAGAUAUAAAAAAUGUUCCAUUACCAGAUAACUCAUGUACUAUAGUUAUAUUCUGUUUAGCUUUAAUGGGAACCAAUUUCUUGGACUUUAUUAAGGAAGCCCACAGAAUCUUAGCUCCACGUGGUGAAUUGUGGAUAGCUGAGAUUAAGUCUAGAUUCCAAGAAUCUGGAGAUAAAGCAACUAAGAAUCAGGAAGAUGUGGGUAGUGAAUUUGUAGAUGCACUUAAAUUAAGUGGAUUCUUCCAUAAGAAUACUGAUAACAGUAAUAAGAUGUUUACUAGAUUCGAAUUCUUUAAGCCUCAACAAGAUAUAAUCAACGAAAGAAACGCAAAGUUGGAAAGGAAGAAGAAGUUUGUAGAAAGAGAAACUGAGAUAGAAGAGUUUGAAACUAAGAGACAAAGAACUCCUGAGGGUAAAUGGUUAUUGAAGCCAUGUAUAUAUAAAAGAAGAUAGUAGUAUAUACAUAUAGGAAUGUAGUUACAUUCAUAGAAAUAUCAUCGUUAAUACAGGUGGUAAUUUACAGACAGCUUGACUGCUUGAUACCGAGGCUUGCGUAUAUUAUAUUUAAU